AUGGCUGAGAUAUGUGGAUAUGAUAAUGAGUCAGUCGCAUUUUGGCACAAAUAUGGUAGACUCGGUGAAAAAAUGAGGCUUGUUUCAACUGAUUUUGAAGCUAAUUUAGUAUUCAGAAACAUCCCUCGAGAUAGAGUAAUUGAGGUUUACUUUGAACAUUUAGAUUCCUAUAUUGGAAUGGAUAUCAGCAACAAUGUUGAACAAAAUAAAAAAGAGGGAAGGGCUGAAUAUUCUUCAAGUGAUGAUGAUUUUGAAGACUCGGAUAAUGAUUUGUCAGAUGAACAUGAUAUUUUAGAAAGGAGUGAAAAUGGGACACGUGAAUAUGAAGUUAGCGAAACUGCGAGAAAAAAGAUGGCUCAUGAAGAUGGAGAUUCUGAUUGUGUUAACUCUGAAGGGUUCAAGAGCCUAGAAAGUGAUUCUAAUUCAGAUGGUAUGAACUUAACUGUGUUCAACCCAAAUACAGAUGGGUUGUAUCCUAUCCUGGCACUUGAAUUGAUAUUUAAAAGUAAAAAAGAGUUCAAGAAUGCUGUGAUAACUCAUGAAGUCAGUCAAGGAAAGUAUAUAAAAUGGCGCAAGAAUGAUAAGGAAAGGAUACGAGCAGUUUGUGCAAAGCAUCCAGAUUGUGAUUGGGAGAUUAUGGCUUCUAAAAUGUAUAGAGAUUGUGCUUUUCAAGUAAAGACAUACAAUCCGAUCCACAAGUGCAAAAAUUGGAACCAUGUUAACAAAACCAUCACAUCUUUGUUCAUUGUUAGAAAAUAUCUUGAUGCCAUAAAAACAAACAGGAAUUGGAAGAUCUCUGAAUUUAGAGAUCAUGUUAGUAUUCAGUUAACAGCACAUGUGACAUUAUCUAAAUGUAGAAGGGCAAAAAAGAAGGCAAUUGCAAUGAUCGAUGGAGAUAUCUCUGAUCAAUUCAAGCUAUUGUGGAACUAUUGCAAUGAAAUAAUGAGGACAAAUCCAAAUACUUCUGUUUAUAUGAAUGCUUGCAAGGAAGGAUUCAAGAGUGGUUGUAGAAAGAUAGUAGGAGUGGAUGGUUGUUGGCUCAAGGGUCCGAUGUAUGGGACUCAAUUGUUAACUGCUGUUGGGCUUGAUCCUAAUAACAAUAUCUAUCCGAUAGCAUAUGCAGUUGUGGAGAAAGAAAAUCGUGAGUCAUGGGCAUGGUUUUUGGAUCAUCUAAAGCUUGACUUGGAGAUCGAUGAUGGAGCUCAUUGGACCUUCAUGUCAGACAAGCAAAAAGGUCUGAUAGAAGCAUUUAAUGAUAUAUUACCUUUGGUCGCUCAUAGAUUUUGUGUUAGACACUUGCAUAGUAAUUUCAAAAGGGCCGGAUUUUGUGGUGACACACUAAGAAAUGCACUUUGGAAAGCUGCUAGUGCGACAACAGUAAGGUGGUUUGGUGAACGCAUGGUUGAAAUAUUUUAUUUGGAUCCCGAAGCUGCUAUUUGGUUGAGAGAUAAGUCACCUAGUGAAUGGUCUAAAUCUCACUUCUCCGAAGAUGCAAAAUGUGAUACCUUAGUAAAUAACAUAUGUGAAUGUUUUAAUAACAUGAUAUUGGAUGCAAGAGAUAAGCCUAUUAUUACUCUUCUGGAGAAAAUUCGGUAUAUGCUCAUGACAAGAAUGCAAGAAAAUAGGGAUAAAUCUGUCAAGUGGAGUUCUGAUGAUAUUUGCCCCAGAAUUAAAAAUGUAUUAUGCAAAAGUCAAGUUGCUGCUGCUGAAUAUAUUCCUAGAAAAUCAAAUGAGUGGAACUAUGAGCUUAUAGGAGCUAGCAUAACUGACAUUUGGGCCGUAGAUUUGUUAAACCGAAAAUGUAGUUGUAGAAAAUGGAAUUUGACAAGGCUACCUUGUAAAUAUGCUAUAUCAGCAAUUUGGGCUAAAAAUGAUGAAAUCAGUUCGUAUAUUAAUGAUUGUUAUAAGGUGGAAACUUAUAGAAGGAUCUAUGAAUUUGCUAUUCUUCCUAUGAAUGGUCAAAGUAUGUGGCCGUAA